AUGGAUGAUACUGAUGGAGAGGCAAUUCAAGGGGAGCUCAUUGGUAUCGAGUUGAUCACUUGUGCAGGGUGCUCUAAGAUGGUGGACGCAUCAAAAUACUUCAAAGCUGACUCGCAACAAACUGCCUCACAACAAAUUGCCUCACAACAAAAUGCCUCGCAACGUUUUUGCUCUGAGGCAUGCGCUGCGCAACAAAAGGAGCCCACAAAAGCUGAUGACACUGGACAAUUAUGUAUGGAUGUAGAUGAAGAAACCAGCACCUCAUCUUCAGAAAGUGAAGAGGAAGAAGAAUUCGAAGUUGAAAUUGAUCCGAGCAUCAUAAUAUGUAACAAUGAUGAUCAACAAGAUGACAAAGAAGGAAAAGGAGAAGAAGAAGGGACCAAUGAUGACCAAACUCCCAAACCACCAUCACUAGAUGGUUUAUUGCUUAGGUGCUCCUUCUGUAAAUACUCAACUGAGGAUCAAGUCAAGUUUCAAGUCCACAUCAAGGAACACAUGAACAAAACUUACAAGUACACAAGGAAAACUUUCCCUCAGCAGUUACACAGGUGCAAAGAGUGUGACUUCACCACCUACCGCCUUGUAGAUCUCCAGAAACAUCGGCGUAGUCAUCUGGGACUUCAACUCUACCACUGCAACUUCUGUGACUACAACUUCACCUCACAGUCAUCCCUGGACCUACAUGUCAGGACACAUACCGGUGAACGUCCUUUCAGUUGUCAUCUGUGUGAAUACAAGAGCUCCCGCAAAAGUCACCUCAAGGGCCAUCUGAAGAACCAUGAAGGUGUCAAAGGUUACUGGUGUCAGUUCUGUGAUUUCCGGACAUCUAGGAAGAAUCACCUGAGAAACCAUCUCAGGAUACACACCUUGGGCACUACAACGUUGACCUGCAAGAUUUGUGGGUUUACAGCUAGAGAGGCGAGUGAUUUGGAGGAACAUCAUCAGGUGCAUACAGAGGGGAAGAAGCUGUGCCUCAGGUGUGAGUUUUGUGAUUUCCGGACCUCUCGGAAGAAUCACUUGAAAAACCAUCUCAGGGUACAUACCUUAGGCACUACAACACUGACCUGCAAGAUUUGUGGGUUUGAGGCUAGUGCAGCAAGUGAUCUGGAGGAACAUCAUCAGGUUCAUACAGAGUGGAAGAAAUUGUGUUUCAGGUGUGAGUUUUGUGAGGGUUAUGUGUGUGCUGAAGCAAAGGAUCUGGAGGAUCAUCAAAGACUGCUGCAUGCUGGGGAGGAAGUUUUGUCAUGUGACCUGUGUGACUACACCUGUGUGCAGAAGAGUUUGUUGGAGGUACAUGUGAGGACACAUUUGGGGUCGGAUGAGAAAUGUGUGGAGCUGGGACCAAAUUCAGGAACAACAACUUCAGGAACAGGUUCUAAGUUAGUUUCAUCUUCAGGAACAGAUCUCACCCAACAGAAAUCAGGUUAUCUUCAGGGAAAAUCUUCAGAACCAGCAUCAAAUGCAGGACCCUGUGGAGAGUCUGAGUUGAUUUUAGGAAUAGAAGGAGGGGUCGACUCAGAUUUGGCCAGAAAUCUUGAGGAAUCUGGUGGUGAUCUAGAUGUGGGAACGUUUUUGGAAACAGAUUUGCAUGUGGGAACAUCUGGAGGAUCAAACUGUGAUGUGGCAGACUCUGAAACAUCUAUGGAGACAGAUUUUGGUGUGGCAACUUCUGGAGCAACCGAUUUUAAAGCGGAAACUUCGGGAGCAACCGAUUUGAGUGUGGCAACUUCUGGAGCAACCGAUUUGAGUGUGGCAACUUCUGGAGCAACCGAUUUGAGUGUGGCAACUUCCGGAGCAACUGAUUUGAGUGUGGCAACUUCUGGAGCUACAGAUUUUGGUGUGGAAACCACUGGAACAAAUGUUGAGGGAAGUUCAGGUGUUGAUGAAAUACCUUCGGAACUGAAUGGAGGAACACAUUAUUUGAAAUCUCUUGGUGAAACAGAUGUGGAAACUGACAGUUUCAGGUGUGACUUUUGUAACUUUUCCUGUGAAGACAAAACAGACCUUCAGAUACAUCUGUCUAUCCACACCAGUAAACAACCAUUAAAAUGUGAACAUUGUGAUUACUCCACAUUCAAGAAAGCCCACUUGCAGGGCCAUCUGUUGACACAUACAGGGGAAAAACCUCAUAGCUGCAGUUUCUGCAACUACAAGUGUGCACUGUCAUCUACACUGAAACGACAUCUCAGAACGCACACAAUGGAGAAACCUUUCAUCUGCGAGUACUGUGACUAUAGAAGUACAAGGUUUGACCAGGUGCGGACGCACAUGAGGACGCACACAGGGGAAAAACCUUUCAAGUGCGAGCUCUGCAAGUUCAGGUGUGGGGACCGGUCUGCGUUGAGGAGUCACCUGUUGACACACCAGGAUGAGAAGAGGUACAGCUGUGAGUUCUGUGAGUACAAGACCCUGCAGAAACCUCAUCUCACCACUCACAUGAGGACACACACAGGGGAGAAACCCUAUGGAUGUGAGUUAUGUGAUUUGAGGUUUACGACAUCGUCUUCCCUGAAUCGACAUGUGAAGACUCAUAACAAUGUGCGACCUUUCACCU